AAAUUAAUCGUUUGUGAUUUGUUUGUUAAACUAACAGAUAGCGAUUUUGCAGUUCGUCCAAUAAAAAAAAUGCGUUAUUAUUAAUAACUAACUAUAUAAUAAUAAAUCACAAAUUAAAAGCAUCGAUCGAUCGCACGCACACUGUUCCAUUGUUGAGAUUGAAAAUCAAAUUAGGGUUUGGAAAAAGGAUUUAUUAGACAGAGAGUAAGAAUGGGAGGGUGUUUGUCAGAUACGAAAGGAGCGAAAGAAGCAGUGGGAGGAGGUUCUCAAAAUCAAAAUCAAAUUGCGACAACAAGUAACAGCAAUGACGCCGUCGAAUUCUUCUAUACGUCUCAGGGUUUUCAGCCAUUGUUCACUCAAGUUCAGUUAUCACUCUCAGCGUGUAACUUACUUGAUCUGGACAUUGCAUCAAAGAGUGAUCCAAUGGUUGUGGUAUAUGCAAAGAAAGAAGGUGGGAAAUUGGAAGAAUUAGGACGCACUGAAGUGAUAACAAAUUGUUUGAAUCCAGAAUGGAUACACAAAAUUACUAUUGCAUUUCAGUUCGAGAUUGUUCAACCACUUGUAUUUCUUGUGUAUGACAUUGACACAGCAUAUCAUGGCGUUGCCACCAAGACACUAAAACUGAAAGAUCAACAAUUCCUUGGAGAGGCCAGUUGCACUUUAUCAGAGAUAGUGACCAAACCAAGCCGACGCUUAACCUUAAAGCUUCAAAGCAAAAGAGGGAAUAGUAGUCAAAGAAAUCUAGGGGCAAUUACCAUUCAUGCUGAAGAGACUGUUGCUGCAAAGACUGCUGUUGAGAUUAUCUUUCGUUGUUCUCACUUGGAUAACAAAGACACUUUUUCUAAAAGUGAUCCUUUUCUAAGGAUAUCAAGAAUGGUUGAGAGUGGAGGUUCUGUGCCUAUCUGCAAGACUGAAGUUAUAGACAACAAUUUAAAUCCAAAAUGGAAACCUGUUUGUCUCAAUUCCCAACAGUUUGGAAGUAAAGAUAAUCCAUUAGUUAUUGAGUGUUUUGAUUUCAAUAGCAGUGGCAAUCAUGUACUUAUCGGUAAACUGCAGAAAUCAGUAGCAGAGCUUGAAAAACUAUACCAAGAGAAAACAGGCACGAAUUUCGUUAUGCCAUCAACACACCACAAACAAGAGAAGGUUCUGAAGGGUAAACUCUUUGUGGAUCAAUAUUGUGAAAAAGAACAGUUCAGUUUUAUUGACUACAUAUCUAGUGGAUUUGAACUGAACUUCAUGGUUGCUGUUGAUUUCACUGCUUCAAAUGGAAAUCCUCAACAGUCAGAUUCUUUGCAUUACAUCGAUGUAUCCGGUCGGUUGAACUCAUACCAAAAGGCUAUAAUGGAGGUUGGAGAAGUUAUUCAGUUCUAUGAUUCUGAUAAGCGAUUUCCUGCUUGGGGCUUUGGAGGAAAGAUACCUGGUGGUACCAUAUCUCACUGUUUUAAUCUUAAUGGGAGUCCAAGUAGCUCUGAGGUGGUAGGAGUUGAAGGCAUAAUGGAUGCUUAUGCUGGUGCUUUACGCAGUGUCAGUCUAUCAGGACCCACUUUAUUUGGCCCAGUUAUCAACAUGGCUGCAAAAAUGGCUGCAGAGUCCCUUUCAUCAUAUAACAGCACCAAAUACUUUGUAUUGCUUAUCAUAACGGAUGGAGUUGUUACGGAUCUUCAAGAAACAAUAAAUGCUAUAGUUAAAGCAUCUGAUCUUCCUCUAUCGAUUCUUAUAGUUGGUGUUGGAAACGCUAAUUUCACAAGCAUGGAGGUACUGGAUGCUGAUAAUGGACGUAGGUUAGAAAGUUCUACUGGUCGUGUAGCUACACGAGAUAUAGUACAGUUUGUCCCCAUUACAGAAGUACAAAGCGGACAUAUCUCAGCUGUUCAAGCUCUUCUAGAAGAACUACCUGAUCAAUUUUUGACUUUCAUGAGAAGCAGAGAUAUCUCACCAUUUCCUUCUCAUUUCCCUCACUCAUCCUCUUAGCGACUACUAACCUUUUUUCUCUAUAGAUAGUUAAUCCACAACUCCUAAGAUUUUAAGUGGUACAUUUUUUGUGUUGGUGAAGACGAAAGUUCAGGUUUCAAUAUAUUAGCAUGCUUUCAUUCAUUCAAAGGAACUGUACAUAGAAGCAUGAAUCUCCGAUAUAUGUGGCAAUGUUGAAUGUAGAAAGUAGUAAUUCAUGUUACUUCUAUUUUAUGUUAGCUAGCCUUUAGUUUACAUUUAGUUAUUUCAGCUUCCAGUUGCUCUUCUUUUUUUCCCGAUUUGUGUAUAAUUUAUGUACCAUUCAUUGCUGAAAAUAAGAAUGGUUUACUUCAAUAUUCA